UAUGCUGCUGGGGAAAAGUGUCUUGUAAAUGUCAAUGAUAAUGAGAAUUUAUAGGCUACUGUAGGCUAUGAAGGCUACAUGUGAUUCAAUUUGCAAUAUGUCAAUCUGAGAUUCUUUGAAGAGUGAUAAAAAUGAGGGAGGAACAAAGAAGACUGUCUAAGAAGAUAUUCCCCCCCUCAAAUCCACAAAGAGUGUGCUCUGCAAGCUAAUUUUCUGAAAAGAGGAGGGGGGAUAGGCUACAGCUGAAGGUAUAUAACCCGGUUGGAACCAACAGACCAUGUACAAGUCUCCUUUCCACCUGAGGACCACCGUGCGAAUCAGAGCCACUUCCAGCAGCAGUGAUGAAGUGUAACCAUCUCCUGUCCUGGGCCUUCCUUCUCGUGGCCUCGGGCCCACUGCUGGCUCACCCCAUCACAGAAUCUGCAGAGAUGCCCUACCCAGGACCUGUGUCAGUGGAGGACCGAGGAGUCGGCACUCUGGAUGAUCUGUCCCUCUCUGAGCAAAGCUUCCAGUCUCAGGAUGGUGCUGGUCUCAGAUAUUCCCCUCUGAUAUCUGGGGAGUUUAACAGAGAAGGUUUAAGAACAGGCCUGCUUCCUCGGGGGAUGAAAAGAGAGGUCCUACUGGAGAAACAAAGUCUGCUAAAUCCAUUCAGCAGUGUGCUGGGCAUCCGAAAGCAGUUCAGGAAGAGAGCGGGGAAUUCUGAGUGUUUCUGGAAGUACUGUGUCUAAAACUGUCAACAGGCAUUGGUGCUACACACAAGAGACAGGGCUUGCACUAAAACAAAAAUCCUAUCUCGUACUCUCAUGCAGACAAAAUAAGUAACACUGUGCGUGCAUACACUGUGCAUAUGCAUGCCCACAGGCAUGUACUCACAGAUACACACUCGCAUACAUAGGCUCUGUCAGUAAUGGUUCACAGAGGUAUGAUUGAGGCAAAUUGUUAGGACUUUUGAGUUACUGAGAUUAUUUUAAUGUUGUGUGAAACUAUAUUUAUGUGCACAGAUUUGUUAAAAGUCCUUGGUUGUCUGCUGUAUGACUAAAUGUAUUUGAAAUGUGAGAUGUUGCAGCACUGGAUAUUGAAUAGAAAUAAACACUAUAUUAU